CAUGAAUUCUGUCCCAUUCCAAGACAUAUUGAAUAAAACAAACAAAACUCGAUGUAAUAGUCCUUAUAUUUCUUCAUGUAUAAUAUACUAUAAUAUCUUAAGGUUCAUCUAAAAGAUAAUCAGCUGUAUAUUCAUCAAAUUCAUCAUAUGCUGAGUCGAAUCAAAAAACAAAGCCUGAUGAGAAGACCAUAAAUUAGUUAUAUUCCCUUUUUAAAAAAUAAGGUUUUGACAAUAUAAAUGGACUGCUUAAAUUUUUAGAUGCUCAACGUGAUUAAUAAACAAGAAAAAGUACAUCACCAAUGCUUAGGACAGUUUAGGAUGAGAAUGAUCGAAAAAAGUUUGGGAUCAUGAUUAAUGAGGCAAAGUAGGGUUUAAAUUAGUUAGAGCAUAAAAUCAUAAAUUUAUAAAACAAAUAAGAAUGUAGAAACAAUAUGACAUUAAAAUAUAAGAAUCUAUUGACAGAAGAUGAUGAAAAUCAUGAAUAUUUGUAUGAAAAUAGAUAAGACUACAAAAAGUUGUAUACUUAAACACUUAAUGAAAAAGAAUAACUCUAGAAAAAAGUAGAUUUAAUAGUUUAAGAGAAUAAAUAAAGAGAUGAAAAAAUCAAUUCUUUACAUUAAGAAGUUGAAUUACUUAAAAAAUAAAUACAAGGAUUACUCAUACUAAAAGAAGAGAGUUCAUAAUCUCCAAGACCUUCUAUAAGUGGUUCUGAUUAUACAUUUACACUUAAUGUUUGUAAUUCAGAAGUUAGAGGAGAUAAACCAAUCUCCUAUAAAGAUUUUUUACAUACUUAAAGUUAGUAGAUAAAACGAAUUUGAUAGU